AAUGUGCCAAUUACAUAAUUUCCGUCCAAAACGGGAUCCGUGCUCGGCUGCCAAUAUCAAUGAGAUAACCGUCGAGCACACGGCAAUCAAAUGGACCGUCUCGUUUCAGCUGAAGAUGAUAAUCGGGCAGGCGACACUGCGCUGCAGAUGCUUAACUGAUGCCACAAAGCUGGUCCUUGAUGUCCGCGACCUCUCGAUCCGUUCUGUAUCCAUCAACGGUGUCGACUGUGACUUCAGAAUUGCUCCAAAUGUCUACACUUUCUUCGGCUCCAAAAUGAGUGUGUACCUUCCACCGCAGUUCCAGAAGGCUGGGACUAUUUUGCAAGUCACUGUUGCCUAUGGAACAUCGCCGGAUGCAACUGCUUUGCAGUGGAUGAAGAAGGAGCAGACUGCUGAUAAGAGGAUGCCAUACCUUUUCUCCCAAUGCCAAGCGAUUCAUGCUCGCUCGAUCGUCCCUUGCAUGGAUACCCCGUCCGUAAAGAGCACCUACGAGGCAGAGGUCACCGUGCCUACUGGAAUGACCUGUCUCAUGUCAGCCAUCGGCCAGGGAUCCAAGGGAGACGAUGACACUACCACCUUCUUCUACAAGCAGCCAGUCGCAAUUCCAAGUUACCUGAUCGCUAUUGUGGUUGGGUGUCUUGAAAAACGAGAUAUCAGUGAUAGAUGUGCAGUUUGGGCUGAGCCAUCAGUCGUUGACAAGGCUCACUGGGAGUUUGCGGAGACUGAGGAUAUCCUAGCGUCUGCUGAGGAGAUAGCUGGGAAGUAUAUCUGGGGAAGAUAUGAUAUGGUUUGUCUACCACCGUCCUUCCCGUUCGGUGGAAUGGAAAAUCCAUGUCUGACCUUCCUAACGCCCACGCUGAUUGCUGGGGAUAGGAGCUUGGUGAGCGUGAUUGCUCACGAGAUCGCACACAGUUGGUCGGGCAACCUGGUGACGAAUUCCAGCUGGGAGCACUUUUGGCUCAAUGAAGGGUUCACUAUGUUCAUUGAGAGAAAGAUUUGCGGACGGUUGGUGUCGGAGGAUUAUCGACAGUUUAUGGCGUUCAAUGGAUGGACGAAUUCGUUGAUUCCAGCAGUCUAUGAGCAAUUCACGCCUACUCACCAGUUCACAAAGCUCAUUCAAGACCAUACAAACGUCGAUCCAGACGUUGCAUUCUCGUGUGUUCCCUAUGAAAAAGGAUCAGCACUGCUCUUCUACCUUGAGCAGAAGCUCGGAGGAAGUGAGAUCUUUGAGGCUUACCUUAAAGAUUAUCUCAAGACGUUCGCACAUCAGGCGAUUGAUAGUUGGCAGUGGAAGGAUCAUUUGUAUAAGUACUUUGCGGAUCAGAAAGAGGUUCUUGAUACAGUAAACUUUGAUUUAUGGUUCAAUGGAGUUGGUAUGCCACCAGAGAAGCCUAACUAUGGGCAGUCGAUGGUUGAAGCUUGUGAGGUCCUUCUGAAGAAGUGGCUUGCCGCCGAUGAAAGCACUGUUGGGGACAUUACGUCUGAAGAUUAUUAUGCUAUGCAGCCCCUUCAACAGAUUGAGCUGCUAUCCCAGCUGUGGCAGCACGACCCUCCAAUUGAGCACUACAAAUUGGAUGCUUUGAACAAGCUGUACAAGUUGAACGAUUCGCAGAACUCUGAGCUAUUGUUGAACUGGCUCCGAUUGUGCAUCAAAUCCAAAUGGGAAGAGUGUAUCCCGAAGGCGCUGGACUUUGUCAACUCUCAAGGCCGCCUCAAGUUCUGCAGGCCGAUUUACAGAGACCUCGCUCAAUGGCCGAUUGCCAACAAAAAAGCCCGUGACGUCUACCUCAAGGGACGUAGCCAAAUGCAUCCGAUCACCGCCGAAAUGAUCGCCAAGGACCUUCACAUUCGUCACUCGACUCACACAGUUUGCUUCUAAGCUUUCCCUGAUUUUAUUUUGUACAUUCCCACCACCCACGUACUUGUGAGCUUGUAGGUCUUUCCCCUUUUCCCCUGAUUUUCGUUAAAUUGUGGUUAAAUAAACUUGUUUUUUUUU